GCGGGAUCCCGGCAUCUACACUUUCGUGGAUUUGGGUGUGGAGGGUCCGACGCGCCGGCUGAAGGUUCGUGCGCGGGGUAAGCAUGGGACGUUGCAGAAACCCUCCGGAGGCUCCCUCUGGACGGUAGCCGAGGAGCACAUGCUAGCAAACAAGAUUGAUGAAGGAGCCCACGUCACAGCGAAGAUGGACUCGAAAAAAAUGUCUGCGCUUCCGCCGCCGAAGCCCAAAAAGUUCUUGGCGGCAGAGAUGUACGCUGCGGCUAGUCCAUUCAUUGCUGACAUUGCCCAGUGGCGUACGCAGCCUUUGCACAAACUCAUCGUGCUACCCAGUCCUGUGUUCCAGGAGGAUCGUGUCUGUGCAAUCUGGACAUGCCCGGGCAUGUUGAGCCGCGCAGAAGCUGCUCGAAACAAGGUCGUGAAGCUGGCCGUAGACGGCAAGCAAAAGAUUCUUUGCAACAAUUACUCCGUGUUGACGCUGUCCUUCCUUGUGUCGAGUGAAUAUGUCACGCAAACGCGCGACAGCCGCGCUCGUGUCAGCAGCCGACCGAAGGUGCACACCCUGACACAGGAGCCAUUUAUGCAAGCGCUGGUGAACUCAGAAACGGAGGAAAACGUCGCGCAGUUCUUCACUGCGGCCUGCGAGAUCGCCGCGCAAUGCUGCAGCCUGGAUCUGAAAACCCAGGUCUGGCAAGUGCACAAGGAUUAUGCGAAGGGCAUAGAGGCAGCCUGGCGCAAGGUAUUUCCUUCCGCACGCCCAUGUGAUGACUACCCCCACAUGCGGCGGGCAUCCUACAGCGUGCUCAAGCAGAAAAUGGGACUCACCCGUGUGUACGGGCCUCAGUUUUUCUGUGUGGGUGCGCGCCAGCAGAAAGGUCACAAGAAAGACAACACGGAGACAGCGUUUGACCGAUUGGAUGCCAUCAUCCAGGCAAGCCGAGUGAUGCCAACCAUUAUCCUCUUCCACGCAGUCUGGCAUUUGACUUUCGCUUGGCUACAGCAAGUGAGCAAAGAUGCCGGCGCAUAUUUAAAAUCCACCUAUUUCGACCAGGUGAAGAGGGCCAGCUUGCAAGGGCAGUUCUGGUGCGGAGAACCCGUGUGGAAUUCCAAUUUUGCUGGUUUGCAGGCUUUUGGGCCGGUGUGA